GUAAACAGACCAGUCGUAUCACAGAAGAAUAUUAAAUGCAGUGAAGAUUUACAUCUUAACAGUAUGAAUUUUCAUAUCUUGAUUUAAUUGAUAAACUUGUAAUUAAAAUAAUAAAAACUACCGGCAACUGAUGAAAACCAUGUUUUGCUGCCUGAAGAACUGCCUGAAUGGAGUUCUGCCACCCCAGACGGUACAGAUUCGACGGGAACAUGACCCGAUACAGUUAGAUACGUCACAUAUGGGGCACGAGGUAGUCGUGAUAAAAGGCGGUCAACGAGCGUGCGGGUCGGGUGGAGUCAUAGCAAACACACCGCUGCUACAGUCCAAAUCAUAUUUCGAGGUAAAAUUGCAGCAAGGUGGCCAGUGGUCGGUGGGACUCGCCACCCAGCAGGCUGAUCUGAAUGAAUCCAAAGGUGGUUUCGACAAGGAAACGUGGUGUCUCACUUCGGACAAUGUCGUAUAUCACAACGCUAAACCCCUGCAUAAGCUUGAGAAGAAGCCAGAAGUGAAUGAAACGAUCGAAAUCGAUCCAGCUGCCCUGGGAAAACUUGAAACGGCCGUUUCAUCCACGCUUGUGAACAAUAGUGGUAUUCCUCAAGAAGGGGACACUAUUGGAGUAGCAUAUGAUCACGUUGAGCUGAACUUUUAUCUAAAUGGAACAAACCUAAAUGUUCCGAUACUCAACGUCCGUGGAACAGUUUUCCCCUGCCUGUUUGUAGACGAUGGCGCUAUCUUGGACAUCGUGCUAGAUAACUUCAGUUACAGUCUGCCUCCAGGGUUCGAGCGGAUUCUUAUCGAACAGUCACUGCUCUGAUUUGUCAAUAUCUUAAAUAUUUUGUCAUCACUUUCGUCUCUUACCCAUGCUAUCUUUUAAGAUCAAACAUAACGGGAAGCUUACCGCUCCAAAUCAUGAACACGUUUUGAUUUUUCUAAAAAUAUUCAAAAAAAAAUAUAAAAAAAUCUAAGAAAAUUAUUUUAUUCUCCAAUUCUGAAGAAUCAUCAUCAUCAAAUGUGGGACUCAAAAAACUGAACAAAAUCGAUCAUUCGGUUUUGUUAAGAGUCCAACUUUUUUUCAUGAUAAGAUAUUAAAAAGUUUUCCUUUCUCAAGAAUCUUAGUAAAAAAAAAUAUUUUCCAACUUUUUUGUAUCUUUUUCUAAUAUUAAAAAAAAAAAUCAAAACAGCGUAAGCUUUCCGCUAACAAUAACCGUAGGUUUGCAAUUACUCCAAAACGUUUGGUUCGUUGUUGAAUUCUAAUUACAAUUUCUAUUCUAAGAACUAAGCUAUUUUCAAUGAUGUUAAAUUCUUAGCCGCACUGAUUUCUUCCCUACCAAACGAUUUACUACUUUUUUAACCUUGUAAGAUAUGAACAAUGAAUGUAUUACAAAUUCGAUGUAGCAUGACAUAAGCUGUAAUACAAAUUUAGGCGAACACCUGUAGACCAUGUCGUUAGGUUUUAUUUUUCACUUCUCACUAAUGAUUUUAAGACAAUCUGUUAUGAUUAUUUAUAAACAAAAUGAUGUUUCUAAUGCCUCAAUUAGAUUAGACAAAACAAAACAAAUAAGGAAAUAUAUUUUGCUAAUGCUAAAUAUUGACGAUUUGCUACAAUACAGAAUGCAAAUUUUGACCAUCUUUUUUCCUAGGAUUUUAUUGCGCGCCAUACAGCUCUCGAUCUGGUCUAGGAAAAUAGACAUUAAAGAUAGGAAAACUGAGCAGAUUAAGGAUGUUAACGAUGUACUGAUUGUGAAUAAAUCUAUUUAUAUUGGACGGAAUAAUUGAA